GAGAGAGCGAGAGAGCGAGAGAGAGAGAGACCCGCUGCAGCGAGGCUCGGAUAUCACAGCGUUAUUAGUUCCCCUAGGUUGCCAGGGUGGGUGAGUAAGUGGGCGCAUAUCCUGGAUGUCACGUAAACACUAGUUCCAGUGAUUUACUGAGUUUGAGCGGCUUUAUGGUUCGAAGAGUUCUCAAUAUGCUCCAAACACGCGACGUGAACGAGCAGGAGAGCAGCGGAGCGGACUGACAGAGACUCUCCAAGAGUUCGCGGGAUGUUCACGGCGUUAGGAUGUGAGCUGAACUUGUGGUAGAAUGGCCCAUUAUCACACAUGGGCCUGUGAGGAAUGGCAACUUUUUACCACCACCACCACUCCAACCAUCAUCAUCACCACCACCCUCCGAACACGGACCUGCGGCGGCUUUUCCACCGGCUCACCAUCGCGUCCUCGCUGAGCAUCCUCUGCUUUUCAUUGGUCUACUUUCUCACUGGAUGCUGCGAGUCGGAACUGACAGAAAACUCUGAAAUAAAGUCGCCCACGAGCGAAUUCCUCGUGUCGGGGUCAGGAUGGCCGUACGAGAGAAACGGAACCAGUUUUGCCAAAGAGGGUGUCACCGCAGCUGGAGAAGGCGCAUUCGGCAGCGAGCAUCCCGAGCUGGAGGCGAACAGCUCCGGGAAAGAGUGGACAGCCACUCGGAGGUUACCCCAGGCGCUGAUCAUAGGUGUUAAAAAAGGAGGCACCCGAGCACUGCUGGAGUUUCUGCGGCUCCAUCCAGACAUCCGCGCCCUGGGGUCUGAGCCGCACUUCUUUGACCGACAUUACGCGCGGGGAUUGGACUGGUACAGAAGUAUAAUGCCUAAAGCCCUGGAUGGCCAGAUUGUUAUGGAGAAGACGCCUCGUUACUUUGUUACCGUGGAAACACCAGCGCGAGUCCAUGCCAUGUCUAAAGAUGUGAAGCUGAUCGUAGUCGUCCGUGACCCUGUGACCCGAGCCAUAUCUGACUACACACAGAUCAUCUCCAAGACCCCAAACAUCCCCGCCUUUGAGAGUCUAGCCUUCAAGAACCAAACCACAGGUCAGAUCGACUCUCUGUGGAGCCCGCUGUGGAUCGGUCUGUAUGCCCAACACAUGGAGCGUUGGCUGGCCUGGUUCCCCAGAAAUCAAAUCCAUCUGGUCAGCGGGGAAAGGCUCAUCUCAGACCCAGCCGGGGAACUUGGCAAAGUCCAGGACUUUCUGGGCCUCCAGAGGAUUGUCACAGACAAGCACUUCUACUUCAACAAAACUAAAGGCUUCCCCUGCCUCAAGAAGCCGGAGGGAAGUAGUAAACCGCACUGCCUGGGCAAGACAAAAGGGAGGACGCACGCCUCCAUCAACCCAGAGGUGAUUCAGAGACUGAGGGAUUUCUACAAGCCUCACAACCAGCGCUUCUAUCAGAUGGCAGGACAGGACUUUGGAUGGCAGUGACCCUUUGACGGGGUGGAACUUGAGGCUUUUUGUUGGCACUGCUUUGAAUAGACGCCUGUGCUAACAUGCCAUCUGAUUGAGACAAAUGCAGCGACUCAGAGUGCAGAAGAGAGAGCCAGUUAUCUGCUUAUGACCAGCCAAGCAGCACUGCAGAGACUUUGUUAAUAAAAACCCUGUGUCAAUCCAUUCAACUCUACCAAUCAAUCACCUUAUGUUUGAAAGACAGCCAUGUCUUUUUCUAUACGACAGAUUGCUCAAACUGGUUAACUAAGGCGUUUAUGUGUAAAGGUGGUCAUGAGAAUGUGGUUGCUGUAAGUUGUGGCUGUAUAAUUGUAGAACAGUGAAAACACUGUAGCUUUUAGUGUCUCUGCAGUUUAAACCCGGUGCUCAGUAGACUGUACAAGGAACUCAAGAUCUGAUGCAUUUUCACCCUCCUCAAUUUCCAUAACUUUCUCUUUCGACCUGUUUGUUUUCUAAUCUUGCUGGUUAAGAAUUUAAGAGCAAUCAGUGCCUAGAUGUUGAGCACCAUCCUCCAAGCAUUGUUUCUGAUUUAAAGUGGGAUGAAUCUUUUAUGCGGCGAGCAGCAGAAGGGUGAGCAAGAGAAUCUUUGUAUGAGCUCAGAUUUGACUGAGUGGUUUUGUAUUCUUGAAUAAUGAAUGCGGAUAAAUGGAUGUAGGGGAAGCGGUGUGGAUCGCUUGCCGCUUGGCACAUUUAUGUGAAGGAUUUAAGUUCGUAUCCCGCUGCAAAACCAGCAUCCUGUGCUGCACCUUGAACAAGGUAAAGGGAACCACUGGAGGACAACAGAAACAAGACAAGUUAAAUGAAUGCACAGAGGUUCGACCCGUCGAUGAGCCAUUUCAGUGGACCUUGAUGUACGAAGCUUUUCCGCUUCUGCUUACAGGGUUGUCAGUUUUCAGUUUGCAUGUAUUUGCACUAGUAUGAAAGCAUAAAAAAGGCACCUAUUUUUCAGCAAAGAUUUCUUUCCCACAGCUCUUCUUGCUCAUUGUUUUCUGUUGCUAUGAGCUCUUACUGAGCUCGAAUGACAAAUGAUUGACUUUCUAUUGAAUGGCAUUAGUGCAAUUGCUUUGCAAAUGUAAGGGCUGCAGAUUGCCUCGGUGGUAAGAUUAAAAAAGUCUGGUGGUAUCUGUAAUAAAGUGAAACAAUACUUUAAUGUCUGAACA